UUUAUAUCCAAAUCCAAGCACUUCACCACUAUCCCUGAAACCCUUGCGAAUCAUAUUAGCCAUGGUCGAAGUCGGAUUCGACGUCGGCGGCGUCCCUUUCAACCCCGACGGUUGGGGCCCACCUGACUGCGCCGCCGCCACAACCACCACCUCCAACCUCUCCCUCAACGUCCCCUUCGCCCCCUUCUCCCGCUCUGAGAAGCUCGGCCGGAUAGCCGACUGGACCCGCACCUUCAACAACCCGGCCCGCUCCCGAAACCCCUCCGACGCCGUCUUCGACUUCUCCAACGACUCCUCCUUCCCCGACGACGACUCCUCCUUCCGCCUCGUCGACGGCAAGCCCCCUCCGACCCGCCCCAAGUUCGGCCCCAAGUGGCGGUUCCAGCAGCAGCGGCAGCUCCCCCACCGCCGCGACGAGGAGGUCGAGGCCAAGAAGCGCGAGGCCGAGAAGGAGCGGGCCCGCCGCGACCGCCACUACAACAUGAACAACCGCUCCAACGCCAACAUGCCUCGCCGAGAAGCCGCCGUUUUCAAAUCCUCGGUGGAUAUCCAACCGGAAUGGAAUAUGCUCGAUCAGAUCCCCUUUUCGACAUUCUCCAAGCUCUCAUUCACUGUCCCUGAGCCGGAGGAUCUAAUCUUCUGCGGCGCCCUCGAGUCCUACGACAGGACAAUGGACAGAAUUACCCCCAAGAAUGAGCGCAGGCUCGAGCGGUUCAAGAACCGCAGCUUCCCCAAGGUCACCACCUCUGAUGAUCCAGUCAUUCGCCGCCUUGCCAAGGAAGACAAGGCCACUGUUUUCGCCACCGAUACCAUCCUCUCGACGCUCAUGUGCGCGCCGAGGUCGGUCUACUCAUGGGACAUUGUGGUGCAGCGAGUUGGGAACAAGUUGUUCUUUGACAAACGUGAAUGCUCGCAGCUCGAUUUGGUUUCAGUCCAUGAGACCUCGCAGGAGCCUCUGCCGGAAGCCAAGGAGGAUAUCAAUUCCGCUCAUGCGUUGAGUAUUGAGGCUGCUUGCAUUAACCAGAAUUUCUCUCAGCAGGUUUUGGUGAGAGAUGGGAACAAGGUCAAUUUCGACGAGCCUAACCCGUUUGCGAACGAGGGCGAGGACGUUGCCUCUGUUGCCUAUCGUUACAGGAGGUGGAAGCUUGACAAGGAGGUGUCGCUGGUUGCGAGGUGUGAGGUUCAGAGUGUUAUGGAGGUUAACAACCAGAGGUCCUUUUUGACGCUCAAUGCGCUGAAUGAAUUUGAUCCUAAAUAUUCUGGUGUUGAUUGGAGGCAGAAGUUGGAGACUCAGAGGGGUGCAGUUCUGGCUAAUGAGCUGAAGAACAAUGCCAACAAGUUGGCUAAAUGGACUGCACAAGCUCUGUUGGCUGGUGCUGAUAUGAUGAAGUUGGGUUAUGUGUCGAGGGUCCAUCCUCGUGAUCACUUUAACCAUGCAAUUUUGGCUGUGAAUGGAUACAAGCCCAAGGAGUUCUCGGCGCAGAUUAAUCUGAACCAGGCUAGUAUGUGGGGAAUUGUCAAGUCUAUUGUGGACUUGUGCUUGAAACUGAAGGAGGGUACAUAUGUACUGGUGAAGGAUCCAUCUAAGCCGCAAGUUAGGAUAUAUGAGGUGCCAUCAGAUGCUUUUGAAAAUGAUUAUGCUGAAGAGCCACUACCAGAGGCUGAGCAAGCUCAGGCCCCUACUGAAGAUGGCCAAGGUGCAGAGCCAAAUGUUGCCGCAACUGAUGUGGAGGAAAAAGAAGUGGAAGCUCAAGCUUAAAGCCUGCAGGUUAAGUUUUGGUACUUUCACAUUGGCUGGGAACGAGACAUGAAGAGACAAAUACUAAGUGCAUGUUCGAAGACUGUAUCUUGAUCUGCCAUAAUUAUAUUUAUCAGUGCCGUGUAGUUUUUCUUAAGCAUCUGUGCUUGCUAUCUUUUAUAUUGGCCAGAUUCAAUCAGUUACCUUGAGAAUGUUUUUUGUUUGUCUAUCGGAUUCCUUAUGUUUUGUUUUAUGAAAACGAAUUUGCCUUGA